AUGGAAACACGGAAUUUCAACUUUAAGGCAGCACCCUUUUUACCUCGGAGCAAAAGCCUUCAACUCGAAGAAGAAAAAAUGAAAAACAUCAUCAAGCUUUUACCAUCGGACACACCACAAGAUAUCAUCGAACAAAUCGAAAAGGCAAAACCGGAGAUGCGAGAAAUGAUUGUCGAGAAUUACAUAUCACAACUGUAUGGAAACGUUUUUGAUUCGGACGAUUCGAGUGGGUCUUGGGAAACCGACACCAACUUCUGGGAAGAAGAGGGAUUGCCGUCGGUGGAGGAUUUGAUUCAAUACGGGAACUACGUGAAGGAAGAGAAAUUGAAAGAGGAGUUAAACAACAUUUGUGAGUAUAUAGACAACACCCCCCCUGAUGAAAAAGGACAGGCGCUGUCUUUGAAAACAGCGAAAGAGUAUACAGAGAGGUAUAACAAUGAUCCAAGCGUGAAUACAGGGUAUAAGGUCAACCACUGUCAAUUGAUGACUGUUUCGCAAAUGACAAAGAAUCAGACGUACGACGAGAUAAAAAUGACACUUGCAAGAUAUCACACCUUUUUUAAUGGCAACUUCGCGUAA